CCACGCCCGGCUGAUAAUUCUUUAUGUACUGGGGAGGAGGGUCUGAGAGGGAUUCAGCAUCCCACGAUGGCCUCAGUCUUACUGUGUAGCUGAGAAGGAUCCUCGUAGCUUCACUUCUCAGGAGUGGGAGCCAGUUACAGGAACAGGAUGAAAGGGGGCACAAGAAAAUUUAAGACCCACACUGAAACUUUGUACAAGAAAAAGAAAUGGUCUUCUGUGUCUGAAAAAAGACCUCAGAAAUGUCCCUCUCAAUGCUUGGAGAGCAAGCAGCCUCAGGUAUCUGUGUUGGGGAAGAGGAAGAGGGAGUCCCAGACACCAGCCCAGGAGAACUUAGAGAGUGAGUGGCCUCAAAAGGCCAAGAGGAAGAAGAGAAGGAGGGAGUCCCAGACACCCGCCCAGGAGAACUUAGAGAGUGAGUGGCCUCAAAAGGCCAAGAAGAAGAAGAGAAGGGAGGAACCCCAGACACCAGCCCAAGAGAAUUUGGAGAGUGAGCAGCCUCCAGUGUCCUUGCUGGGGAAGAGAAGGAGGGAAUCCCAGACACCAGCCCAGGAGAACUCGGAGAGUGAGCAACCUCGGAAAGCCAAGAGAAGGAAGAAGAAAAAGAAAGAGUCCCAGCAGCCAACUUCCUCCCUUCUGAAAAAUCCAGAAACCUUUCGUAAAGCUAAAAAAACCACUUCUGCCCACAGAAAGAAAAAGAAUAGUGUUCUGGAGGUGGAUAUGGAAACUGGGAUCAUCCUUGUAGAUAAAGAAAACAUGGAGAACCUGCUAGAGACUUCUAGAAAGGAUGUGGAUAUUGUUUAUGUUGAUAUGAGCAAGGGACAAAGGUCAGCAAAAGUGUGUGAAACAGAAGAGCUGCCCACUGCUAAGCCACAGGAACAUGGCUGUCGAGAGCUGCUUGGUGACGUCAGGAGCAGAAAGAAACAGAAGCACCCCCAGAAAGUUGCACCCUGGGAUGUUGUUCAGGGGAGCCAGCCUGAGAGUAUCUCCCUGUCCCCAUCAGAGCCCUUGUCUUCUGAAGAUUUAGAAGGCAAAAGCAAAGAAGCAGCAGUGUUUUGCAAAACGAAGUCUAAAAAAAAAGUGCUCAGGAACCAGGAAUUGGAGCCCGUCCCUGACAGUCUUGAUAACUCGGAGACCAUCUCUGAGAGACUUGAUAGCACACACCACGAAGGAGUUGUUGGGGCUGGAGAAGAAUGUGAGAGCACCAAAGAAUCCCACAGUAUCAAAAAAAAGUCCAAGAAAAAGAAGCACAAGUCUGUUGCUCUUGCCACAUCUAGUGACAGUGCCUCAGUGCCAGACAGCAAGGCUAAGAGUGCCCUGGUGGACUCCCCAGAAGGCAGUGGUUCUGUGAGGGAAGAGGACAUGGACCACAGGCCAGCAGAGGCAGAAGCCCAGGCUUGUUCCACUGAGAAGCACAGGGAAGCGAUGCAGAGGUUAGAACCUACCCAUGAAGAAGAAAGCAAUUUGGAAUCAGCUAGCAAUUCUGCAACAAGACACAUAUCUGAGGACAGGAGAGAUUCUGAUGACUCGGAUGUUGAUUUGGGCUCUGCAGUGAGGCAGCUGCGAGAGUUCAUUCCUGACAUACAGGAAAGGGCGGCCACCACCAUCAGACGAAUGUAUCGGGAUGACCUAGGGCGCUUCAAAGAAUUUAAGGCACAAGGUGUGGCUAUUAGAUUUGGCAAAUUUUCUGCUAAAGAAAAUAAACAAAUAGAAAAAAAUGUGCAAGAUUUCCUAUCCCUGACUGGAAUUGAGAGUGCAGACAAGCUGCUGUACACUGACAGAUACCCAGAGGAAAAGACUCAGAUCACCAACCUAAAACGGAAGCAUGCCUUCAGACUGCACAUUGGGAAGGGCAUCGCUCGGCCCUGGAAGCUCGUGUACUACCGUGCAAAGAAGAUCUUUGAUGUGAAUAACUACAAAGGCAGGUACAAUGAAGAAGAUACUAAGAAGCUGAAGGCAUACCAUUCCCUCCAUGGAAACGACUGGAAAAAGAUUGGGGCCAUGGUGGCCCGAAGCAGCCUCUCGGUCGCCCUCAAGUUCUCUCAGAUUGGUGGUACUAGAAACCAAGGUGCUUGGAGUAAGGCAGAAACCCAGAGACUAAUCAAGGCUGUGGAGGACGUGAUCCUAAAGAAGAUGUCUCCCCAGGAGUUAAGAGAACUGGAUUCUAAACUCCAGGAAGACCCUGAGGGUCGCCUGUCAAUUGUCCGGGAAAAACUCUACAAGGGCAUAUCAUGGGUGGAGGUGGAAGCUAGAGUGGAGACCCGGAACUGGAUGCAGUGCAAAAGUAAGUGGACAGAGAUUCUUACCAAAAGGAUGACCCAUGGUGGGUUCGUGUAUCGUGGGGUCAAUGCUCUACAGGCCAAAAUCACCCUUAUUGAAAGGUUGUAUGAACUAAAUGUGAAUGAUGCUAAUGAAAUAGACUGGGAAGAUCUUGCUAGCGCCAUAGGGGAUGUCCCUCCACCUUUUGUUCAGGCAAAAUUUUAUAAGCUGAAAGCUGCCUGCGUUCCCUUUUGGCAGAAAAAGACUUUUCCAGAAAUCAUUGACUACUUAUAUAAGAACAGUCUGCCUUUGCUGAAGGAAAAGUUAGACAAGAAAAUGAAGAAAAAAGACGGCCAGAUCCAAACACCCGCAGCUCCCAAACAAGACUUCCUGUUCCAAGACAUCUUCCAUUGCGAUGAUGACAGUGAUGAAGGGAGCCCAGAGGAGCCCAGCGCCUCUGAUGUGCAGUGACUGGAUCGCCUCUUUCUCAAACUGCUCUCUGUUCCCUUGGACCUGUGUUGUGCAUUGGCCAUAGAUCCCGCUUGCAUGUGAUACCUCUCCUGUGCUGGGCACCGAGUCACACGGUGUUCUGCUGGAGCAUUGGUAGUCUGCAUCGGAGCCCAACUGGUAGUCUUGAAGAGUCUGUCAGCUGGACACAGCCCCACUGGAUUCUCAGGACUGGGUGAAAGGGGUGCUCUUUGGUCAAUCAGGAGAGUUAACCCAACUGUAGGGGCUUCAGAGAAGAGAACUUAGGGUUUGGGUAAGAAGAAGUAUUUCACGAGAUCUGUGCAUGGCAGUGCACACUAUGCACUAUGGAGAUAGGUGGGGGAGUGGGAAGUGGGGUCACAAGAUUGAGGCCAACCUGGGCUACGUAGUUCCUCCAGCAUACACACACGCAAUGGGAUACUGGAGCAUCCUCCCAAAGGAGAAGUGCAUUGCCCAGAGAGCAGGAGAGUACUGCAGAGAAGCUCUAGCUCUGCAGACCCCAAUUUCCCUGUGUUCCUUCUAGCUGUUCCCAUACUCGGGCUGUCUGUCGUUGCCCUGCAGAGAAAUGUGUCCAUGUGUGACACUUAGCAGAACACUGCUGCAAGGGAGUCUGGGACACCCAAAUGUUAAGUCGUUCAGACUUCUGCCCCAUUUGUGCUGGGGAGACAGAAGGGAAAGUGAGGCUAAUGAAACCGUCCAUAUACUGCUGACUCCGUUGGUGCCACUCAGCAAUCUUCUGUCUCCAGAGAACUCUCAGACGUAAUUUCUGUGGCACUAUUAGAAGGUGGGCUAGAAGGAGCUUCUGCUUGCCAUGUACUUAGAACUUCCCCAGAUGUGCAGAUAAUGGAGUAGUCAGGUGGAAUGCACUAAUGCACCCAGCUUUCACGUGGGGCAGGAGGAGCGGGAGGUCAAAGUGAUCCUUACAAAUAGCAGGCUCUAGGCCAGCCUGGCCUAUAGAUGACUCUGGCUCUAACAAACACACAAAUAAAACAUUAUAUGAAUGAUGGUAUUUUAGUACAUGGUUCUCUACCCAGCCCCUCUGUCCCUCAGGCAUUCUAUACUCUGUGCUGACAGGACUAAAUUGCUCCUACAAAAAUAAUAGUACUAAUGUAUAAGCCAAUUCUAUAUUUGUGAUAGAAGAAAAAAAUGAAUAUUCUUUAACAGGAAGUAUGGUCCUAGAAUGGGAUAUCAUAUGGCAAAUUACAGUGAUAACAAUAGAUCUGGUUGACAUGACAUAUUUUUGUGAAGUAUUU